GAAACACUGAGUUGAUUUUGGACCGAGUCAGAUAUUGCAGCAAAUCAAACCGACACUGAGUUGAUUAAAAUGGCUUUUGACGGUGCGAGUAAUUUACCUUUGUGGCAGAAUGGACCGUCACCUGGUGCCUUCUAUCACUUUCCAGGCAGUCAGUACGGCACUGGAGGAUUCCAGAAAUCAAUGUCUCCAAUGACAACCGGUACGUCUGUCGUUGGAAUACAAUUCAAAGACGGAGUCGUCAUAGCUGCCGAUAUCUUGGGAUCUUAUGGGUCACUCGCCCGUUAUCGAAAUCUGGAGCGUAUCAUGAAAGUCAAUGACAAUAUCAUUCUUGGUGCCUCGGGAGAUUACGCAGACUUUCAGUGUAUCAAGAGUUAUGUAGAAAGAAAAAUUUUGGAAGAACAAUGUUUGGAUGAUGGAUUUAGUUUGAAACCCAAAGCAUUGCAUUGCUGGUUGACACGUGUUAUGUACAACAGACGGUCAAAUUUCAAUCCAUUUUGGAAUAAUUUUGUGAUUGCUGGCUUGGAAGAUGGAAAACCAUUUAUGGGAACUGUGGAUAAACUUGGAACAUCUUAUACUGAUCCAGUGAUAGCGACAGGUUAUGGUGCUUAUAUGGCGACACCCUUACUAAGAAAAGCUUGUGAAGAUAACAGUCAAAUGACCAAAGAAGAAGCUAUUGAACUGUUAUACAAAGUAAUGCAAGUUCUUUUUUACAGAGAUGCAAGAUCCUUCCCAAAGUAUUAUCUUGGCAUCAUCACAAAAGAAAAAGGAGUCGAAAUUGAAGGACCACUAAGUUUAGAUAGCUAUUGGGGCCCCGCAAUUUUGUGAAACUAAUAUACUCUCUCUUUUUUAUUUCUUCAAAAUAAGGUAUAAUAAAAUAAAUAAGUUAUGAUAAAGUUUGAUAAAGAUAAUUUUCUCUUCGUGAAAUAUAAUCAAUUAUGAUAUCGAAUAUAAUAAUUGAGUAAAUUAAUUCGAGUUUCUGUACAUAUACAAAGUAUCCGACAAUUGGUUUAAUCAUCUUUUGUAGGCAGGUAGAAGGAGUAAAAACUGAGUCGAAAAGUCCUGUACCAUUUUAUUGCGAGAUUAGCAAUAGUUACCGAGAUCUUAAUUAACAAUUUAAUCAAAACGUCCAGAAUACACGCAGUGUAUUUGGACGUUUAAAAAUUAAAUUGUUUGAUUGUCUACUGCCAACUUGGACCAUAGGUUCUUCGGUUCUUUUUCUUUUAAUUUGUUUUACCAAGCCGUUACUUGAAACUAAUUUAUUAAUUAACAAAGAUCCGCGAAUAAGC